AUGGCGGCUCCUCCUCUUCCUCUCGCGCUUCCCCUCCCUGCAGUCACCAUCGCCCCUCGUCCCAGGACCUGCUUCUCCUUGCAUCGAGCUACGGACGUGCAUCUCGACCGACGUCGGCUCGAGUCGUUGUUUCAUCUCCCGCAGCCGCAGGCAGCAAAGGCUGUAGGCAUCAGCCUCACGACCUUCAAGGCGAGCUGCCGACGGCUCGGCGUCAGGCGAUGGCCGUACAAGAAGGCCGGCCGGGCGGGAGGAGAGGCGGAAGGGACUACAAGCUCCCCGGCCCCAGACGCGGAAGAGCAGGAGAGCAGACACAGACUGCUGGUGGGCAGCAGCAGCAUGCGGGCGGACGAGCAGCCGGACAUCGACCAAGGGUGGUUGAGCUGGUAUCUCAACUGCACAGGAGACGAUUGCUCCCCGUCGGUGUGUAUCUGCUUCAAGUAG